AUGGAUUUGUAUCUCAUCGUUUUGUGUCUGCUAGUCAUCUACAUUAAGGAUAGUCUUCAAGGACCGCACGAGAAACGACUGUUGAACAAUCUAUUGGCAACGUACAACACGCUUGAACGCCCGGUCGCCAACGAGUCCGAUCCGCUGGAAGUAAAGUUCGGGCUGACGCUGCAGCAAAUAAUCGAUGUUGACGAAAAAAAUCAGAUACUUACUACCAACGCUUGGUUGAAUCUGGACGAGAAGAAUCAACUUUUAAUAACGAACAUAUGGCUGUCGUUGGAAUGGAACGAUUACAACUUGCGCUGGAACGAUUCCGAAUACGGCGGUGUGAGGGAUUUGAGAAUUACCCCGAACAAGCUCUGGAAACCGGACGUGUUGAUGUACAACAGUGCUGAUGAAGGAUUCGACGGAACAUAUCAUACGAACAUAGUUGUGAAAAACAAUGGAAGCUGUUUAUAUGUUCCUCCCGGUAUUUUUAAGAGCACGUGCAAAAUCGAUAUCACGUGGUUUCCGUUUGAUGAUCAGCACUGCGAGAUGAAGUUCGGUAGUUGGACAUACGAUGGCAAUCAGUUGGAUCUCGUACUCAACUCGGACGAUGGAGGCGAUCUUUCGGAUUUCAUUACGAACGGCGAAUGGUAUCUCAUAGGAAUGCCCGGAAAGAAAAAUACAAUAACAUAUCAGUGUUGCCCGGAGCCGUACGUGGACAUUACGUUCACCAUACAGAUACGGCGGCGGACACUUUACUACUUCUUCAAUUUGAUAGUUCCAUGCGUGUUAAUUUCUUCGAUGGCCCUGCUCGGAUUUACGCUUCCUCCAGAUUCGGGUGAAAAGUUGACGCUAGGUGUAACUAUACUGCUAUCGCUCACUGUAUUCCUUAAUUUAGUUGCGGAGACGUUACCUCAAGUAUCCGAUGCAAUUCCGUUACUAGGAACGUACUUCAACUGCAUUAUGUUUAUGGUAGCGUCGUCGGUCGUGCUGACGGUUGUCGUACUAAAUUACCAUCACCGAACGGCGGAUAUCCACGAGAUGCCUCCAUGGAUUAAAUCCGUUUUCUUGCAAUGGUUACCGUGGAUACUACGGAUGGGUCGCCCGGGUAGAAAGAUCACACGCAAAACCAUUAUCCUGAGCAAUCGUAUGAAAGAGCUCGAGCUGAAGGAAAGAUCAUCGAAAUCGCUUCUCGCAAACGUGCUAGAUAUUGAUGACGAUUUUCGACAUCCUUGUUCUGGCAUCUCCGGCUCUACUACCGCAAUAGGGGGCUCGGUAUCGUUUACGCGUCUUACAACGGUCGAGGAACAGAAUGCCAGUUCCGGCUGUACGCACAAGGAUUUGCACCACAUACUGAAGGAAUUGCAGUUCAUCACAAACCGCAUGAAGAAAGCGGACGAGGAAGCAGAAUUGAUCAGUGACUGGAAGUUCGCGGCGAUGGUUGUUGACAGAUUUUGCCUUUUCGUAUUUACAUUAUUCACAAUAAUAGCGACGGUCACUGUGCUUCUAUCGGCUCCUCAUAUAAUAGUGCAAUAA